AUGUUUGCUUUUAACUACUGUAAUAAUGUAAUACCAUUGGAGAUUACCUGGUGGUCUGAUGAAUCGUUAAUAAUAGUUAAUUCAUUAUUUAAAGUGAUUGUGUUAUCAAUUGAUUCUAUUAUUAAUCUAUUGGGACACUCACCGGAACCAGGAGCAGCUGUCACUCACGGGUAUGGAGGACAAUUACUAAUGCUUGAAGGUGAAGUAUCUACUCGAUUCUCAAGGAGGCCAACCCUCCUCCCAUCACUCUCGGAGUACAGCGAUGAGGAGGAACCAGUGAAAGAGACAGAAGAGGAGGAGGAGGAGGAAGAGAAAGGAAGUGAUUCUGCUUUAGAUGAUACUCUUACUGAUGAUAAAGACAAGAGAGAGAGUAGCAGUGAUGUUAGAAAGAGACUCUCAUCAGUAGCUAAACAAAUAAUGUACUUCCUAACUGAGAGGGAACAGUUUAGACCACACAAAGAGAAACAAAAGGAGCGUAGUACAGUGUAUCGACUCGUGUGUUUAAAGUCAAUGCCUCCUGAGGAAUGUUAUCAAAGAAAAAUAGAGAAUGAAGAAUAUGGUGAAGCUUUAGAGCUAGCCCGUCAGUAUAACUUAGACUGUGACAUGGUCUACCAGUGCCAAUGGCAGCUAUCAGUUCCUUCUGUUGCUUCAAUUGAGGACUAUCUCUCUAAAGUAUCUAAGAUGUCCUGGGUACUGAAGGAGUGCCUCCACUCUGUGGCCCCUGACUUCCUAACAAUGAAAGAGCUAUUGUCUUAUGGACUCCAUAGGACCUCAUUCAAGGAGUUGUGUAUAUUAAGAAGUGAUCAGGAUUCAUCAUGGAAAGGUAUUGAAGAAGUUGAUGAUGAAAGAUUGAAGCAGCCACUUGAAGUUAUUGCUAAAUGGAAGAGCUUGUCAGAAGAUGAGAUAUUCCUGUGUCAAUGUCGUGAGACUUUACUCAAAUACUUAGACAGACUCAACACCUAUGAAGUCAUUUUAGGUGGCCCAGCUGCUACAUUAGAUGGCUACGACUCGUCUGUAUUUGGUGAAUUUAGAAACAUCAAUUUAAUACAAGCAGCUAUUGACUUCGCUAAAGAUGGUCAGUGGGAAGCUGUAGAGGCUUUGUUUGAUCGUCAUGGCAAUGUAGUGUUACCUUAUAGACUUAUCAUUUUAUCAUAUUUACCUGAAACUAUUUCUUUUGCUGGUGACAUUCAGUACCUCCUACCUACUCUAAAUGAAGCAGGUGAAGUUAUUGAAUGGGAGGGAGAGAGUCUCAGAGAUCAGGAUUGGGUUGAACAUCAAUCAAUAAGGCAGUUUUAUUCAUUAGGGAAACAAACUUCACUUGAUUUGAUAACGAGUGAAGAAAUGUCUGAUUUAAGAGAAUACAUUGAGCCUAUUACUGGUGAGCUAUUAACGUCAUGGUACAGAAGGAGAGCCAUUGAAAUAGAGCAAUACACUGGACAGGUUGAUAAUGCUUUGUCUCUCAUUGGGUUUGCUAUCAAGAACAACGUCAAAGGCUUGGAAGUGUUGGAGCAUCAGUUGUUAACACUGAGAUCACUCGUUUAUCAUUGUAAUGUUGAUAGUCACUUGAGCUUAUCAAAACUAGAGAAGAUGACAAACUUGGAGAUACUCCACCUCAUAAUGCACGACGUUGAAGGAGAUAAAUUCAUCCAAUAUUUCACUAAUCAUGCUAUGCCAUACAUUGAUAGACUAAUGAAGUUAGGACUAACAACCAGCACCAAUCUACUGGAGGAAUUCAUGAUCAUUGUAUCAAAGAAUGAUCUCAGACCAUUUGCUAACCUCCUCAAGAGUAUGAGAGAAAAAAAGUCAAUGGGUGUAUCAGUUUCCUCAUUGUCUCUGGAGGCUAGGAUGAGUUUAGCGUUAAAGUGUGUCUAUACUUGCGAGAGGACUGAUCAAUUGGAUCAAGUUGAUACUAUUGCCGGCCAUUUUCUAUCAGUCAUAACAUCAAAACAACUUUCGGCUAAACAAAGAGAGCUCUAUCAACAAUUAAAUGAUUUAGAAAGUUUCAUAUGUGCUAUUGAGAUAUUAGCAAGUUAUAAUGUCAAUAAAUCAAUUAAAUACAUCAGAGAUAUUAAGGAUAAUAGGAAUGAAGCUGAGCAAUUGUUUAGACGAAUUGUUAGAGUUGCUAGUAGAAGGACUCCGCCCCUUACUGAGAGAGAUUGGAGGGGUCUACAACAGCAUCUCAUUACACUAAAGAACAGAGUCUUUCAUUGUAUGGACACUGAUACCUGUAUGAAGAUAUUUACUGAGAGUCUGAUAUGCUCAGGAAGUAUGGACAAUAUCUCCCUAGCUACAGAAGCACUGACAGUAGCAUCUGGUUCUUCCCGAUUGUCCUCCUCUCCCCCUCCCUCCCCCUCCUUCUCUCAUAUCCUUCCUUAUCAACUAUCACUGGAUGUGGCAGUAAAGGCGGCCCAGGAGUACUUUAAUUCAGCUGCUGGGCCUAGGGACCCUGAAAUUGAACUAGCAAGGUUGUGUUUGUCUCUAAUAAAAGAAGAGUCUCCUUCAAUACUGCUGGAGAGAAACCUCAUUCAGUCGCUGGAGCUGCUGGAGGAGUUCAACAUUGUCAUGCUACCAAUAAAAGUGAGGUUGUGUGAAAAUAAAUUGGAUCUAAUAAAACAAGCUCUUGAUUCAUCGCCCACUGCCUACAAAAAAUACGACAAGCUGUUCAGGUUGUCGUACUUGCUUGGUGUCAGCUCCGAGCGAGAGACGUCACUCCAUUCAAUGUCGUCAUGGCAACACAUGUCACCUGGGCGUGGCCACACCGCGAUAUACAUAUCCCUAGCUGCUCUACUUAACAACGACUACAAGUCUGCACUGAAGAUGUGUCAGUUACUGAUGAACUGUAACUUCCCUGAUGCUUGGGAGAUUACUAAGCAGCUUGGGUCAAUGAGUGCUUAUACUGACUUGACCUCAAGAGUUGAGUUGUUGAAUUUCUCAGUGAGGCAUUGCCCGGUCGAAGAGAUUAAGAUCAUACUGAGGGAAAAAAGAGUAAUAGAAGCACAAUUGUUGUGUAUUGAUUGUCACCAUAAGCACCAGAUGAUGAGUAUUACUAGUGGAGGAGGAGGAGGAGGGAGUGGUGGGUUUGUUAGACAGCUGGUCGGAUCAAGUGUCCAGGUAUUGGUCAGUAAAGGAACUGGAACGGUACAACAACUGAUCGGACAAAAAAGUUCAAUGCCCUCUAUGUCUGGAAAGGGUCAUAAUGAUAUCCUAAGCACUGCUGUAUCUCAACUGAAUGAACUGAAAUCAUCAACUACUGAUGGAGCUAAACCUCUCCCUUCUUUUAGACUAAAGUAUCAUCCAUUCUACUGUGACAAAGAAAUCACUACGUAUAGUCAGUAUCAAGAGAUCAGUGGUCUCUUUGAUAUCUCAUUGAACCAGAGUUUAUAUCGCGUUAAGCAGAUACUCUUUGAUAUCAGUCUAGAGGAGGCAGGAGAGAUUAAAGAGGAGGAGGAGGAGUCUAAAAGAGAAGAAUUGUAUCAGCUUUUAUUCUCUUUGUCUCGUAAUUUCAUUGACUGUGACCUACACAUGUUUACCGGAUAUCUAUUGAACUUGUCAAAAUGUCCUCAUAAAGUGAAGGAUCUCCUCUCAUCCAUUCCUCCAUCUUUCCUUCUCUAUCAUUUAUCAAUAUACUAUUGCUCUCUCGUCCUUUACAAUGAAGCAACACAGCCUCACCUGUCAUCAACUUCUCAUCCCUAUCACCACUCUCCAAAAGAGCUCAUUAAUCACGUGACAAGUCAUGUGACUGGUUCCGAUCCCUCUCAUUGGCCAGAGUCGUGUCGUCCUUACAUUGCAAUUUUAAAAGAGUCCAAUAGUUUACUGUAUGACUACACUCAAGCUAAGAAGCUACAAGAGAACAAUAUUGAAUUUGAUAUAGCAAAGUUUAUGAAAAAUCUUUUGUACAAAAAAGAAACCAUAAUAUCUCUGGCAAGACAAGGCAAAGAGGCAGUGUUUGAUAUUGCCUUGUCUCUCUCUGCCUUCCAUUCAGUUGAUAAAUGGGAAUUGUAUAUAAGACACUUGGACUGGCUAUUAACUGACUCAAGUUAUCUGGUUGAUGAGGUUAAUAAGCGUGUUGGUAAUCGUCAGAUAAUGAAUACGUUAAUGGAGCAACCACAAAAGACUGCUGAUUACCUAAUGGAGUCUACCUAUCCUGCUCUCCCUUCCACUCGUUACAGUAUCAUCCACUGCUACUUCACCUACCUCCAGAAGUGUGUGGAUGGAGGUGCUACAGUUAAGGAAGACAUUAGUACACAUCUUAAACUACUAACCAGAUUUAAAACAACAAUCAGAGAGGUCAAUUAUCAUGACUUGAUGUCUGGAGAUGAUCCACUAUUAGUUCUACUACCAGCACUUGGAGAUCACAACAUUCACCCGAUUGCUAAACUAGCCAAAAGCAUACCACUUAAAGGUAAAGGAUCUCUCAGUCCUAAGGAGGUGUACAGAGCUUAUGCUGGUAAAGUAUUUUGGAGAGAAGAUACUAAUAAUUCUGACUCUUAUGCCACUUCAAACUGGUUAAGCAAGUUUGACUUGUGUCGUGAUUACAUACAGAGGUUAGAUGCAGAGCAAGUCCAAUACUUAAUGGUUGACAUGCUUUUUACACGUAAAUCAUUACAAUUAAUGUCACUAAAGACAAGGGACUCAUUAUUGUUGAGGUUGGUUGAAGUUUGUACUGAAAAGAAGGCAAUGGAAGGAGGAGGGAAAUCAGAUUUUUCAUUUAAAGAUCUACUCAUUGAGCUUGGUGUUUGCAAGCUACAUCUUGAAUGUGUUAGAGAAUUAUUCACAGAAGCACCUCCUAAAAUAGAAAAGGGAGCGUGGAGUGGUAUAGUCAAGAAAUAUGAUCUCUCUAUAUCUGAAACAAGCAAAGUUAAGGAUCUGGUGCAUGAGAUGUGUCUAUUGAGUUUACCAUUGGACUCCAUUGAGCUGAUAUUAGCUCAAUCAAGACCUGUCAGACCUCAUAAGUUAACUGUGAAAGAGAUUGUGUUGGAAUGCCUCCUCUCACUAGUCAACAUUGAAAGCCCUGUUGUUCAAAAGAUUAAUAAAAUUCUUAUGCUUGUCCACAAUCAUGAGAAAGGAAGUGGACAAUUAGUAAAGUGUUCAGAAUUAUUGCCAGUUUUAGAGUCUUCAUACAGCAUUGAUUCAGAAAGACCAGUACCUUUUAAAUGCUCUUUGCUGAAGUGUAUUAAUCAGUAUGUUAGUUUAUCUGAUGGUGAUUCCCAGUUACUUCUUUUUUAUCAGACACAAUUAGUGCUCCUUGGUAGCUUUGAGAAACAAAUCUCUUUAAGUGAUGUAGCAAGCAUUGAAACCAGAAGGAGUCUUGUUCUUUCUUUAUCAAAGUCAUCCACUAGUCUAAAGCAGCAAGAGAUAUUAGCUGUGCUGUUGGAGCAGUGGCCUGAUUUAUCAUGUGGUGAAGAGUUCACUGAGUGUUGGCUGACAGUGUUGGGUUCUAUUGCUAGUGAUCCUGACAGUUGUCAUAAAGUUGUAUUUAUUAGAGCUGGACUCCAUGGCAUGAAUUCUCAAGUUGAUAAAGGGAUUUUUAAUAAAUUGUGGUCAAUAGACAGAUCAUCAGCAUUGAUGCUGUCACUGCUAACAAGAAAGAAAUCACUCAUUAAUAUCUUCAUGCACAAAAAGUUGCCUUUUGAUGAAUAUGAGGGCAUAAUCAACAACACAGUCCUUGAGCUAAUACUAUACAAUGGACACAUAGGGACAAUACUUAACACACCCAUUUACCCAGAGCUCUGCUCUUAUCUGAGCAGCCCACCCAUUAAAGGGAGGGAUCAGCUACAAGGAGUCAUUGAUGUUCCUUUGCUUGCUCGUAUGGUUCAGUGUAAAGAAGACGAAUUGUUUGAAAUUUUAUGUUUUCAUUCUCCCAGUGGACGUGUUGAGAGAGCUGUCCAUCAGUUGGAAGAUGAAGGAUUCCAUGAUGAAGCUGGUAAACUCCUUGAGAUGGUGUCUCAGAGAGGGACAGGGUCUGGUGCAUCAUUGAUGGGUGUUACCAGUGCUUUUAAGUCUUUAAAAGGAUUUUUCAGUUAAAACAAUACUAAAAUUUUGAAUUUAAUACUGUUAAAUAAUCUAAACUAAUAAUUAUAUCUGUAUAGAGUAAUUGUAGUAUAGAGAAUAGAUCUACAUGUUAAGACUUGAACUACA